AUGUCAAUCUAUUUGUCAUCAUAGACGACACGUACUUUUUGCAUUUGCAUUUGUUUGGAAGUGUUUUUAUUUUUCUUAUAGUUUUCUUUAAUUAACAACUAAUUAACUAUAAUCUAGAAUCAAAGAUUUAAAUCAUAGUUUAAUACAUUCCAUUUUCAAAAAGACAACAAAAGCAAACAGUAUGACUAAUUUAGUACGUUGGCUAAUGUAUGCCGGUAUAUUUGCUGUGCCGUAUUUAUGCAUUGUUACGGGACAAAUCCAAACAGAAACAACUGAGAAAUAUUUAUUCCACAUACAAAUUCUUCCAAUUAUUUUAGUGAUAUUAUUUGGGGUAUAUGCAGCAACUACUGUCAUUUAUAGGACAUUAACAUUCAACGAUUGUCCUGAGGCUUCCAAGGAACUACAUGAAGAAAUCGAAGAAGCUCGCAGAGAUUUAAUAGCAAAAGGAUUUAAAUUCCGAGACUAAUGCAUUGUUUGAUGUUGUAACUAAGGUUUAAUAAAUAAAAAUAUAAGUGAAAAUCAA